GAAGAAGAGCGUUGGCUCUCUGCGAUUUUGAAUUUGAAUUUCAACUAUUUGUGUCUAUAUUAUUCUAUGGGUGUAAAGGAACUUUGGACAGUAUUAACUCCACAUGCGGAGCGCAAGCCAAUAAAUGAGCUGCGCGGCAAGAAAGUGGCCAUUGAUUUGGCAGGCUGGGUGUGCGAAAGUCUCAAUGUGGUCGACUAUUUUGUGCAUCCGCGGCAUCAUUUGAAAAACCUUUUCUUUCGCACUUGCUACCUUAUAUGGGAGCAAGUCACUCCGGUGUUUGUUUUGGAGGGAGUGGCCCCGAAACUGAAGAGCCAAGUAAUAGCCAAACGAAAUGAGCUGCAGUUUCGGGGAGUCCGACCAAAGGAAGCAGCCACUGGCACGCAAACCGCAGCAAAAGCAGAUAAAGGACGAACUCGCUUCAACCAUGUGCUGAAACAGUGCGAGACCCUGUUGCUAUCAAUGGGAAUCCAGUGUGUCCAAGGCCCUGGCGAAGCGGAGGCCUACGGCGCCUUCCUCAACAAGCACGGACUGGUCGAUGGCGUCAUUAGUCAGGACUCUGAUUGCUUUGCCUACGGAGCCAUUCGGGUGUACCGUAACUUCUCAGUGUCCACUCAGGGAGCCCAGGCCGCUGCCGGUGGCGCUGUGGAUAUCUAUGACAUGCGGGAGAUCACGAGCCGAAUGGAUUUUGGCCAGCACAAGAUAAUUGUAAUGGCUCUGCUCUGCGGCUGUGACUACUGUCCAGACGGCAUUGGAGGCAUUGGCAAGGAUGGUGUACUAAAACUGUUCAACAAGUACAAGGAAACGGAGAUCCUUGAUCGUUUGAGAAACUGGCGAGGUGAGACCGAUAAAUACAAUGCUCUGGAGAUGCGUGUGGAUGACAAAUCCAUCUGCAGCAACUGCGGACACAUUGGACGGACGCAGAGCCACACGAAGAGCGGCUGUAGUGUCUGUCGCACUCAUCGGGGAUGUGACGAGACCUUGUGGAAAGAACAACGACUUUCCAUUAAAGCUGAGCUGACGCUGCGCAGGAAGGCUUUGCUGGCUCCAGAGUUUCCCAACGAGGAGAUCAUAUCCGAGUUCCUCAGUGAUCCACCAACGAUCCCGAAUUUAAAUCUUGGCUGGCGGCAGCCAAAUCUCGUAAAAUUCAUCAAGCAGAUUGGGCAUCUGCUGCAGUGGCCAGAAAUCUACUGCUUUCAGAAGUUCUUUCCGAUCCUCACCCGUUGGCAGGUGCAGCAGGCGACAAGCCCAACCAAGGCGGGAGGAGGCGUUGUGCUCGUUCAGCCGCUGGAGAUCAUCAAGAAGCGUACGGUGAAGGGAGUGGCCAGUCUAGAGCUGCGUUGGCAGGAUCCCAGUGGCAGCUUCAAAGGCCUCAUUCCGGACAAACAGAUCUCAGAAUUCGAACUGGAACAUCCCAAGGGCGUCGAAGAGCUCUACUAUACCGUGGAGCCGCUAGACAUGAUGGAAGCUGCGUAUCCCGAUUUGGUGGCAUCCUUUGUCAAGUCCAAGGAAAAGCCUCCAAAGAAGGCCACGCGAAAGAAGAAAACCGAUCCCCUAAGCGCCAUCGAGAAUAUCCCAGAAACAUCGAAACCGAAGCGAGUGGUCAAAAAGAAAAAGGCUCCCACGGAGCAGGCCCAGCCUUCACUGCAUCAAUUCCUCAGACGAGAGAGAAUAGGGGGGACUCCUCCGCAACAAGAGCCACAGCAAUGCUCCACACCCAUCACCAAAUGCUUGCCCUCCGAUCUCGAAAGCGACUGCGAUGCGGGAGAGUUCGACAUGUCGGAUAUAGUCAAUGGAAUCAUAUCGAAUCCGAAUGCUCAGCCAGCUGUGACAAAGCACGGGGGACGACAGUUGCACUACGAGGCCUUGUCCGAUGACCUGAGCAUGCGUCUUGCCCAACUGAGUCUAAGCAAGGAGGAGCCACCCGCUGGUGAACACAAAAGGGAUCUCUCGCUAAUCGAGCACCUGCCGCAGAGCAAGCGGCUUUCACUUGACGACAGCUUUGAUCUGCUGGUGAAGGGCGAUCUGAAGAAGGUCUCCCACUUGAUACAGCCAAUCAGGACUCCUGUGGAUCGCUUCAAGCAUCAGCAUCGCCUGAGUGAGCAUGCUCCACAACCUACUGUCGAGCCGGCUGCAAAUGUGAGCUACUUCUUCAAUCUAAGCAGUGAUAAUGCCGAUGCCUUUGAGCAGUUGAUGAACUCCAGCCUGGGUGGGCCUCAGCAACAAGAAGAAGAGGAUGAGGAUGAGCAGGAGGAGGAAGAAGACCUGGUGGUAAUCAGUGAUUAAGUUUACAGUGUGCGAUUUAUUCGCUCUUCACAAAAGAAAACCUCUC